AUUGUCGUAAGCUUGCCUACCCGGAAACAGACGUGCAAUUUGUCUGUUUCUCUUUCAUUUUCUUUGUUACAAUGAAACUGUGUAGUUCUUUGUGUGAUUAUUUAGUAACUGAGCAAGUGACAGUGCUUUGGAUUCUUUAAAUAUCUUGUUAUUACUAAAAGCAUGAGUAAGCGAAAGUUGAUUUGAAGGGUAGAUUAAAAGUCAUAAAAUUGUUGUGCGUCCAGUGUUCUCAGAAAAAUCCUUCGAUUCAGUUGAACAGAGAUCAUCCUCCAAUCACGCAAUUGCUCCCGUCAUUCACAUCAAUGCCCAAGAUUAAAAAGAGAAAAAGCGUUAAAAGGAAGAGAAAUAUCAGAAAGGAGGAUAUUGGUGUACCGUCUAAUUUUUGGCAUGUUGCUCAUGUCGGACGAGAUGCUCCAGAACAUUUUGACAUUGGCACAGUUGAUGACACUGGUCAGCGUCCAGGCCUGUCUUCAAGUAGUUCAGCAGAAUUUUGUCCCUCUAUUUCUCAAUUACAUGACCAAAGAAGAGAUUUGCUUUCCCCAAAGGAGAGUGCAACUAGUGAACACAAUGAUAUAUCUUUGCCAAAUCUUAUCCUAUUGCUGGACCGUCGUAUGUUGCUGAGUGUCGUCAACAUCCUCAUAUUAACCAAGGGAAUAUAG